AUGGCUAGUGAUCCUUCUACCCCGGAACCUUCUACAGAUAUAACUUCAACAAGUAGAGCCAAAAGGGGGAAGGAAUGUCUGACUAAAGUUGCUCAGCAGAGGGCAAAAGGGAUUAUCCAACAUGUUGAUUUCAACGCACGUGGACAGCCAGUGGGUGAUGCAGCAGCUGAAUUGCAAAGUUACAUUGGCCUCCUUACACGUGAUCACGUGAAAAUCAAUAUUAAGAAGUGGAAAGAUGUCAUGCAAGAUGUUAAAGACUUGAUAUGGGACACGAUUAAAUCUUCCUAUGAUGUUCCCGAGAAAUGGAAGGCUGGAUGUAUGGAAUUUGCAAAUUUCAAGUGGCGAAGCUGGAAAACAAGAAUGUACAAUGAUUUCAUUGUACCAAAUCAAGAUGAUGCCUCAAAGUUGCAAGAACCACCGCCGGGUAGUGGCAUUUUGCCAUUAGAUUGGAAUCAGUUCGUAGUUAGUCACUUGUCGUCCGAAUUUAAGACUUUUAGUGAGCAACAAAAGGAGAGACGGAGUAAGAACAUAUACCCCCAUCGACUUUCCCGCAAAGGAUAUGCUAAACUCGCUGAAGAAAUCAAGAUACAACAAAUUAAGUUUACAUUGAUUGGGAAUAUACAAAGGCAAAAUGCUAUAAAUUAG